AUGGAGCCACCAGGGGAGACUCGGCCCUGCCCCAGGGGCCACCUCCUGGACCUGCCCUGGGAGGACAUCCUGGUGCCACACAUUCUCUGCCAUCUGCCGCUGCGACAGCUCCUGAGCCUGCAGAGGGUCAGCAAGUCAUUCCAGACUCUCAUCCAGCUGUACCUGGCCAACAUGCGCUGCUUUGACUCUAGCCAGGUUGGCCCUCACCUCCCCAAAGCUGCUUUCUGUAACCUUCUGAAAGACAAUGAAGUCCUGCAACAGUUGGCGCUCCAGAACUGCUCUGAUUGGCUGACUGACAAGGAGCUGCUUCCUGUGAUUGGCCAGAACCACCACCUGCAGGAGAUCCAGCUGAGCAGCUGCCUGCAGCUGAGCCGGCAUGCCCUGGUGGCCAUCUCGCUGAGCUGCCCCCACGUGCGCGGUCUCUCCCUGGCUCACUGCGAGUGGGUGGACAGCCUCUCUCUGCGCAGCCUGGCUGACCACUGCAAGGGACUUGAGUCCCUGGACCUGACGGCCUGUCGCCAGCUGAAGGAUGAAGCCAUCUGCUACCUGGCACAGAAGUGCAGCAGGCUGAAGUCCCUCUCUCUGGCUGUCAAUGCCAAUGUGGGCGACACAGCAGUGGAGGAGAUUGCCAAGUGCUGCCCUGAGCUGGAGCACCUGGACCUCACCGGGUGUCUGCGGGUCAAGAACGAGUCCAUUAGGGUCCUGGCCGAGUACUGCACCAAGCUGCGCUCGCUGAAGGUGAAACACUGUCACAAGGUGGCCGAGUCCAGCCUGAGCGUCCUCCGUGGCCGUGGGGUGGAGCUGGAUGUGGAGCUGCCGCUGCAGAGGGCCCUUGUUCUCCUGCAGGACGGGGUUGGAUUCGCCCCCUUCAUUAACCUUCAGAUCUAG